UUCGUGUUUCCAAACAAACGGCCUAAUGGCUUAUCUGUAUAUUAUUUUCAUAUCAAUGGUUUUACGAUUAAACCGUGCAAAGUCAAAUCAGUCGUCGCCGCUAACGUGGGGUGAAAACAGUCCCCUCCCAGGUGUGGCCACAUAAAUCUGUCGCCACGCAGCUCGUGUCUGUAAAAACCGGUCGCCGCCGACCUGACGAGGUACCUUUUAGCGGUUUUAACCGUACUGAGUCGGAUCAGUCGCCGCCAUUAAUGCGGUCUAGUCGAUCGGCGGCAAUGGUCGAGUGAAGACUCCGCGCGUAAUCGACUGGUUUCCGAAGAUGUUGACCUAUCUGAAGAGCAAACUGUCGGUGGAGCCGGUGGUGUUUAUGUACUUUCUGACCGCGGUGUUUUCCAACAACCUCAGCACGAACCUGUUGCUGUACAAAGCGUGCGACCCGUCGGGCGCGAUCGGCCAACGGGUGGGCGCCGGAUGCGACCACGAGACGGAUGCCCAGCACGUGGUGGCCCCCAUAAACGGCUGGAAGGGCCUGGUGCAGCAGGUCGUGCCCACCGUGCUGGCGUUGUUCGCGGGCACGUGGAGCGACCGGCACGGCCGCAGCCGGCGGCCGCUGAUUCUGUUGCCGGUCAUCGGGCAAAUCCUGUCCGAUCUGCUGUCCGUGUACUGCACGGUCAACUGGUCCAUGUCGCCGUGGCUCACCGCCGUCUUCCAGGUGACCGCGGUGACGGUCACGGGCGGCUCGGCCAUGUUGUUCAACGGCGUGAACUCGUACGUAGCGGACACCACGACCGAAGAAUGGCGCACCGUCAAGUUCGGCAUGGUGACGUGCGUGAUAUUCGUGGGCAGUAUAAUGGGCAUGCUGAUCUACGGGUACGUGGUCGUCAUGCUGGGCUUCGUGUCCGCGUACUUUGUGUCCAUCGCGUUGGGCACCACAACAAUGGCCAUGGCCUUUGUGUUCAUCAAAAACACUGCCGUGCCCUACAACAAAGAACCUCUGUUCCAAGAUAUAAUUCACACCAUCGACCCGUUGUCUGUUCUACGCACCUGCUGCCAAGUGAUGACCAAACGACGGACUGGUCACACAUCUUUGGUGCUCUGGCUCGUAGUCGUCCUGUGUGCACCUUUUACCUGCGUACCUCUAGACGGAGAAAUAUCAGUCAUGUAUUUGUUUUUGCGAUACAAGUUUCACUGGAACGAAGUCGAUUUCAGUAUAUUUAACGCUUACCAGAUGGUCAUCAUAUUAGGAGGUACUAUUUUUUCUCUAAGCAUUCUUAGCCAUAAACUCGGAUGGAACGACGCGUUGAUUGGAUUAAUAUCUUCGGUAUUUGACUUGUUGGCAUCUCUUUCAUUUUUUUUAGCCUCAAAGUCAUGGCAUCUGUAUUUAGUGCCUCCGUUGGAAUUUUUCCGAGGGGCUGCAUUUUCUGUAACAAGUUCAAUAGCUUCAAGAUGUGUCGGGCCAGAUGAAUUAGGUGCAAUGAACUCGAUUAAAAUAUCAAUAGAAAGUUCUAUGAAAGGUGUUUUUUUGCCAAUUUACAAUAUGUGUUAUAAUACAACUUUAGAGGUAAUGCCUAGUGGAUUUUUCUUAAUCAGCUCAUGUUUAACUGCUCCGCUGAUCAUCAUAUUCGGUGUAAUCUAUUUCUUAAGUCGGAACUCGAACAAGUCGCUGAACAUCAAUAGCAACACUAUAAGUAAACCUAAACGUGAGCAAAGUCUUAUGAAAAAAGGCGGUGUAAUAAACUAUCAUAUUUAAAUUAAAAAUUACAAUAAUAGCCAUCUAUUGUACAAUAUUUCGUAAAGACAUUAUGAAUAUUUUUUAAAAUUUUUGUUUUAUAAAGAACUAGUUUAUCUGUCUUUUAGUGAAAUAAAUUACAUUUAAAAU